UGUUUUGGACUAAAUGCCUUGCAGAGAGGAGGUAUUGCAAGGUGUUUGCCAGUCAUUUCCACUGCAGGUAUGGAUCUGGAGGAGCAAGAAAACGAGCUACUUGCUAUUCAUAGCAUUCUGAGUUCAGAGGAGUUUGUCCGGCACGGACUUAGGACUGCCGGGGAAAUAAGAGUGUUGACUGAACUGCCCUCUGGCUUCCUGGUGGCACUCGGAGAAGGUGACACCCUGACGCAGCACGAGAUAUCAUUCCUUCCAGCGUUGCAUCUGGCCUUUGAGUUCCCGGAGGAUUAUCCCUCCUCAUCCCCUCCCUCCUUCACUCUCUGCUGUAUCUGGCUGACACACAACCAGCUAGCUUCUUUGGGGGCUCACCUCAUUGAUCUCUAUCAAGCCACUGGAGGUGACGUGGUGCUCUUCUCCUGGGUGCAGUUUCUAAGGGAGGAUACUCUCGGAUUCCUCAACAUCCGUUCUCUGCUGGAACUCCCCAAUGAACGCAGCAGCCCGUACAACAGCGAGGACACAAUUUCCGCCUGCGUCCCGGAAACCAAUCAAAUCCCCCUCACCUCAGGGUCCAAAGACGCCGAACGUUGUCACCUUUCAGAUAAUUUGAUGGACAAUAGUCAUGAAGACUCUCAAGGAGCCGUAGCCCCCGAGUCCUGCAAAUCCCGUAAGGAUUCUUCCAUCCCGCUUGGUGAAGAAGAAGCAAGUGGAAAAGGAGCUGGAAACGCUUCUUCUUCCAACCAACCAGUCUUUGAUCUCUCCCUGACUCCAGCACAAGCUCUUAUGUCUGAGAUAUUGGUCCACGAUGCAGCUCAGACACACAAGGUUUUCCAAAGCACAGUUUUUGAUUGCUCAGUGUGUUUUCUGAGCUACCUGGGUUCCGAGUGUGUACGGAUACAAGAGUGUGGCCAUGUCUUCUGCCAGGCCUGUCUGGCUGAGUUCUGUAAGCUCCGGAUAACCGAGGGAAAUGUCCUUGGCGUCACCUGCGCUCAGGCAGGCUGCAAAGCUUUCCCCACACCUGACCAGGUGGAGAGUCUGGUGGGGGAGGAACUGUUUAGACGCUAUGACCGACUUCUUCUGCAGUCUACUCUGGACUGUAUGGCAGAUGUCAUUUACUGUCCACGGACCACCUGUGGAUCGCCGGUCAUUCUGGAAGAAGCCAGCAGGGUGGCGCUCUGCUCUGUCUGUGGCUUUGCCUUCUGUGUAACCUGCAAGAAGACUUACCAUGGAAGAGAUGACUGCAGGGUGAGGGGGAAGCCUCAAACAGAGGACCCACAGCAAGGCGAUGUAGACCUCCCCCAGUCAGUUGCGGGUAAGACGGCUCUCUGGGAUGACUAUACCAGUGGAAGUAAACAAAGAAAGCGCCUGCUCGAGAGCAGGUAUGGUCGAAGAAGUAUUUUGGGCCAUUUGGAGAACUCCCUUUCCGAGGACUGGAUUGCUGCCAACAGCAAACAAUGUCCGUACUGCUUCUGCAAAAUACAGAAAGACAAAGGGUGCAAUGUGAUGACGUGCGCCAAGUGCCAGCGAUCGUUCUGCUGGGCCUGCUUGGGAAAGCUUUCGUUUCGCAAUAUUAGCCAUCACUUUGCGGAGUGUGUACAGUUCCAGUACCACCUCUGACCAACAGUCUCAGGAGGGACACGUUUUUGCUCACAAAGUAGGCCAUAAAUAGCCUUGCCAACUCCCUGAAAAGAACAAUAAGGGACACCUUGUAAGGCAAGUAGACCUGAUUUCUUAUGUUAUUUGUGUGAAAGGAGUUUUAUACUAUCUGCAAACGCUGAAUAAAGUCAACUGGACCUCAUUCAGAAGAGUCCAUUCGCAUCCAUGAAACCUUUUUGGAAUAUAUGACCUGAUGACUGACAAUCUACAUCAGGGAUGACCAAACCCCUGAAUGCAGCACAAAAUCAAUUUCAGUAAGCAAUCAGUCUGACUGUGCUGGUGUCUUCAUGUUCAAUUUAAAUACUCAUGGG